AUGGCUCCAUUUGUCCGUAACCUUGUGGAGAAGACCCUAGCACUGGUGAAUGCUGCUGUGACUUACUCGAAGCCUCGAUUGGCCACAUUUUGGGACUACACCACGGUUGAGCUGGUUCCUCCCACCCCUGCUGAGAUCCCUAGAGCUAUUCAGAGCCUGAAAAAAAUAGUCAAUAGUGCUCAGACUGGUAGCUUCAAACAGCUCACAGUUAAGGAAGCUUUGCUGAAUGGUUUGGUGGCCACUGAGGCGUCGAUGUGGUUUUAUGUCAGAGAGAUCAUAGGCAAGCAUGGCAUCAUUGGCUAG